AACUACACUUAUACCUUCAAUUGCUUAACCUAAUCACUAAGUACAUAAUACAUAAUAAUGUAUAUAUUAAGAUUAAGAUGCCUUUAUUUUAAUUACAACGAAAUUAGGAGUGCAACUCCAGUUCAGAGCAAUAUAACACAACUAACAAAUUUAAGACAUUCAAACACGAUUAUUGCACUUAUAUUCUUUGGACAUGACAUUAAUUCGCAGAUUUUAGAACUAAUCUUUAUCCAUGCUUGGUGCUUUUACUUAAUGAAUGCCUGUCAAAAAACCGUUUCAUGAACAGCAAUAAAAUCUAGGAUAAACGCAUUUUUUCAGAAGCUCAAAGGAACACAGCUAUCUUGUAGUCGAUUCUGAAGAAUGUCCUGUAAAUUGAGGGAUUUAUCUUAAACUCCAAUGGCCAUAUGUUUUGGGGCGGGAGGAGUGUGCGUCGAGACAACCUCUGGAUAGUCACGUCAUAUAGGCUAUUAUAACCAGCUGUGAGAAAGACACGCAGAAACUCGCCAGCAGAAGCGCUACAAUUCGAGGGGUAAAAUAAGGUUUGAACUGGAAUUUCAUUAUUGUCUCAAUUAGCGUUUUUGUUUCCGUUAAUUUUAAAUCAACUUUCAACUUUUCUGGUUCUACAAAGAAUGCAGACUGAGCCAAGGUAAGGUCAAUUUUGAAAAAUUUGCUUUAAAUAUGGUUAGCUAGCGGACUACACUAAUAACGUAUAGCUAAGUUAUGCAGUAGUAAAUAAAAGAGGGCUGUGUUUAUCCGAGAAGGCAGAAGGCUUGCAAGUUAGCACAAGAAUCAAUCAGCUGCCGUCCAUUAACCUGUUUCGCUAGCAUCUUGUCAUUGUGGUCUAUAGCCUUUGUAAUGAUGUUUUCAACCAGUAUUGCCAUUGCUGACGCUAAUUAUGAGCUUGGUAGUUUCCAUAGUUUAACUAUGGCACACUUCAGAUAAAUUUUGCUCGGUCUUGUAGAUGGGUGGGCUGCGUCCGAUAGCUACAGGGAGUAAAAAUAAACCCAAACUCUUACAUCAGUGGAGCUAAGAGUAUUUUGAGCUCUUGACCCCUGUCUGCCGGUGUCAUUUUCUGUUCGGCGAAUGGAUUAAUCGCUGGCGUUACCAGCAAGUUAGCGGAAAGGGGAAAUAAUGUAGCUUGUUAAAGACUGACUGAGCAACGCAUGCUUUGCAAUAGUACAAGUUGUGAGUGUAUUUAGUACAAACGUGUAGCAUGAUAAGAAUGACAGCCUGACCUUGUCGUUGUUGCUGCGGUGAUAUGGAAAGAACAAACGCACGCAGAGCGCUGCUCGAGCCGCGGAGAUGGAGCCGGAGUCGGGGAAAAUGUCUGGUUUCGGGAAAUUUGUUAGUUUCAAAUAAGGACUACACCGGCAUACAAGUCGAAACAAGUCUGCCAUUGCGUAUUUAGAGUGAUGGAAAAGAUGUGGAAUGCGUUUGGAAAUGGGUCAGGGUUACACGGUGGCGGCGGCUGUGUAAGCAAGGCACAAGGCUGGGAAUUUAUCCCUUCGUCCAGGCUGGAGAUGGAAGGAGGCGGGAAACGGAGCCAGAGUGCAAUACGCGUUCUGUCGUCUCCAGCCUCUGUAGGUCAUUCUUUCGAGCAGUCUUUACCUGGACCUACAGCUUCUCCAUCCGAUGGAGCUCGUGGGCAGAUUCCGUGGCUAGAGCUGCAGUCCCAUCACUCACGACUGAAAAAGAGGUUUGAAGAGUUAAAGAAGCGCCAUGGGCAAGAAAGGGAUGGAUGGAUGAGGCAGAAGGAAAUUCUUUUGAGAGAAGUGGCUGACAUACAAGGGGGAGAGAACCGACGCAUAUUGCUGGAUCUAAAGACAUUGUUAGAAGAGGUUCAAGUGGACAUGAAACGGGAAGAGAGUAAACGCAGCGAGCUUCAGUUGCAGUACACAAAGGACCGGUGCGCGUGGGAGCUAGAAAGAGCCGAGUUAAAAUAUCGAAUUGCACAGUUGGAGGCCAAAGGACAUAACACAGAGGUAGGAACGGUGAGGAACACUGAGACUGGAGAUACACUAAGGGAGCAAGAGGAGCAGAGGAGGCUGCUGGCAGACACCCAUACUGCAGCAAUGGACCUGCGCUGCUGGCUGGAGCACAGCGAAAGGGGCUGGGCGAGGGAAAAAUCCGAGCUGCUGGAGCGCUUCGACUCAGAGAGGAAGGAGUGGGAGAGCCAGCUCAGGGACAUGCAGCGCAAAAUCGAGGAGCUGUAUAAUGAAGUGAAGGCCCAUCGAGAGAGAAAUAGUGCUGGACCACACACCAAUACAGAAAGUAAUGCCACAAGACUCAGCUCAUGUUCUGCCAGCACUGUGUCCAGUGUUCUAACUGAGCCCUCAGAUGCUCACAGCAGCAGCUACUCUGAGCCUCUCACCCCGCACAGUCAUAACAGCGCUGACUACACUCAUAACUGCAGUGAACCUGCUGACCUGUACUGCCAAGAGCAAAGUGGCCCAUCAAACCAGGGCAGCUACAGGAAGUAUGAGCAUAGGGAAAUCGAAGCCAUUAAUACUGCAGAACUGGUGGGCAUUUUGCCUGGAUGUAUGGGUGAAGGACUCGGGAACAAGUCCACUGUCUCUACUGGACAAGAGGAUCCUCUCAGCCCCUCCCGAGGAUUUCAGAGCAUGGACAUCAGAUGGGCAAGUGAUAAAAAGAAAAACACAAUGGCUCUCAAUGCUGCUCUUAAAGAAAUAGCUAGGGUAAGUGAGGAACUGUGCAGCUACCAGGAUGAGAUCAGAAGGAGGUCUGAUGUUAAGAGAAGCUGCACUGAGUCAACAUUCUUUCAGGAAGAGGUUGACAUGGCUAAGAAAGAUGUGUCAGAGACAAGUGACAGGGAUUUCAACUUGAAUGAGUGGUGCAAAAAUCUUCAAGUCCUGGACAAGCAGGAACAGGUCAACUGGGAGUGUAUUAAAAAGGAAUCAACUAGUCCUGAAAGUGAUUCUAAGCCACCAGUGAAGAAAAGACAAGCCCCUCCCAUCCCCGUUCGGAGCACAUCUUGGUACCUGAACAGAACUUCUGUCACAGAAACAGAGCCCAGUGCAACAGAAUCUGACAGAAGGUGUCAAAGUCCUUGCAUUCACAGAAAGUGCAGCAGCCCCUCCAUAGUUCGAAAAUUUGAGGCAAUGUUACAAGAGAAUGAGGGAAAAAUUCUGACAGACUCUGGGAUUGUCUCCUGCUCAGUGCCUCCUGAUUCCAAGUGCAAUAUCAGCUGCUGCCAGAGCCAAUGGUCCUGUGAUGGAAGCAGGUUUGGCAGCAGCAAGUCCUCCACAUAUGUGCCUGUCCAAAAAUGCCUCUCAGAUGUAAACAUCCUGGCUUCUGGAGCUGGGUACAGUCAAAACCAAAUGGAUGCAGUGAAUAAACAAAACCUGAAGGCACAGCUUGAUUUCAUGGAUUCACUACACAAGGGCAUGGCUACUGACUCACUAACAAAGUCUCUAGACAUUACCUCACCUUACAUCAGUACCAAAGUCUCUCAGAGAAACGAGAUGCUAGAACGAAAGACGGCUGAGUUUAACCGAAUGCUCUUUCAAGCAGGCAUGGGUGUUCAGUGCAAUAAGGACAGUUCCAGCUGUGUGGAUAUGCACUGCACAUUUGAUAAUACCACUGCCAUUCCAUCACCGUGUCUUGAGGACAAUUCAAGAGAUGCGCUAUCUGAUCUUAUGGUACAGUAUCCAGAGCGCAAAUUCACUGAGACUGCUCCUCAGAUUUCACCACAGUUAAAGAGCCAAACAAAAGAGUCCAAGUUUCCACCUCAGCAGUCAGAUAACAAACUGAAGAAGGUAACUGCUGACCUACAGCCUCCAGCUGUGAAGUAUGAGGACCCAAACCUUAAAUGCCUGUCAGUGCACACACAAGACAAGGAACUAAAACCUCUGUGCCUGGAGCACAGGGCAUCUUCCAUCACACAUUUUGAUCCCAGAAUGCAAAUAGAGCAAAUGGAUUUAGAUAUAUGCCCACCACAACUAAAGACAGAGAAGUCCAGUAAAGCAAAGUCUGCUGGUUCAGAUCAACACUCUGCUGACACAAAGUCUAAAGAAACUGAACGUGCAAGACAGAAUACAUCUAACACCAAGUGCAGAGUUUUAGAUGAAAGUCCUUGGAAACCUACAACUCUGGCAGCCUAUCCUCGACCAGUAGAUUCCCGGUCCAACUAUGGAGCAGUAGAACGGAUUUUGAAGAGUUAUGAAAAUUUGGGACAAUCCCAGCAAGACAAGCAGUUACAGCAGAGUCCAGGGAGGGAGGAGGACUUCAUAGAGCUCCUAGAUAUGCUGGAAACCCAGCACCAGUCUAGAUCCAGUAACACACAUACACCUCAGCACCAGGCUUUAGGUCACAAAGAGACACAUGUAAAGGUGAAGCAAAGCAAAGAAUCCACAGUAAUCAUCAAGAAGGGUUUCUCACGACCAGCUUGUCCUGCAAAAAGACGUCUACCCUCACGCUGGGCUAACCACUCUUCUUCCACAUCUUCUACAUCAUCUCACUCUCCUUCACCAACAACACUAGCAACAGAUUCCACCCCACAGCAAACGUUCACCUACUCUACCUUUGACACUGAGACAGUCAUCAUGUGAGAGUGGGAAACUACAGUUUUAAUUAAAGAGUUAACAGAAGCAGGCUAACAGACCAUACUAUUUUAGAGGAAUAUUGAAUCAUCUCCUACUUAUGUUUGUAUAUAGCAUCGAUGACUGUUAAUACAACCCAUUUUUCAAGGUGCAGUCUGUCUUACUUUUACAUUGUAUUAAUUAACUGAGUUUUGUAUAAUAAGCAUAUCAAGAAUAUCUGUGUAUAUAUUUCCCUUGAAGUCAUGAACUGUAGCUUUCAAUUUUCUCAUGAUUCAUGCCAAAGGCUGUGAUCAACAACCCGUGAUUUGUAUUUAUAUCUGAUAACUAGUGAUUUUCCUCCCCGUUCUGUUUAGUUGCCUCCUAUUUUUGAGUCCCAGGUUUUUUGAUCAUAACUAAAAAUUGUAGUGAUGAAUACAUCACUGGAAUAAUUCCUUAAACUUUAAUUGACUCUGGUCAAGCAUAUUUGUAUCACUAAUACAUGAAUUAUAAACCCACUCUAUCUUCUAUCUGAAAAGUAAACCCUUUUCAACCUGUUUUUCCUAUCUAUACUGAAUACAAUUGCAACAUUUUUUUCAGGUUGACACAAAUAAAACAGUAAA